AUGGUGUUUCCAGAGCUUCUAGUGAUUCUAGCAGAAUGGGUCCUUUACCGUCUUCUUGCUAAUUCAUGUUACAGAGCUGCUAGAAAGCUCAGAGGCUAUGGCUUCCAAUUGAAAAAUCUCCUAAACCUCUCCAAACCACAGCCUUUAAACAACAGUUCUCAUCAUCAGCAUCAACAACAAAAUCAACAAAGCCAACACCUUCAAGAUUCUCUAAACCCUCUCUUCCCAAGCAUCACAAAGUAUCAAGAGCCUCCAGACAGAAACAGAGCAUGCUCUGUUUCUUCCGAUCAUCAUCAUCAUCAUCACACCCUGGUCUGCGACAUCGAUGGUGUUCUCUUACGACAACAUUCGAGCAAACACUUCCACACGUUCUUCCCUUACUUCAUGCUCGUAGCCUUCGAAGGAGGAUCAAUCAUCAGAGCGAUCCUUCUCUUGCUCUCUUGCUCUUUCCUUUGGGCUCUGCCACAAGAAACCAAACUCAAAAUCAUCUCUUUCAUAACCUUCUCUGGUCUUAGAGUCAAAGACAUGGACAACGUCUCUAGGUCGGUUCUACCCAAAUUCUUCCUCGAGAACUUGAAUCUCCAGGUCUACGACAUCUGGGCUCGAACUUCGUACUCCAAAGUUGUCUUCACCAGCUUGCCGCAAGUGAUUGUGGAGAGGUUCCUCAGAGAACACCUCAACGCUGAUGAUGUGGUUGGGACUAAACUGCAAGAAAUAGAAGUUUUGGGGAGGAAGUUCUACACCGGCUUAGCUUCCGGGUCUGGUUUCGUCGUUAAACAUAAAUCAGCUAAAGACUACUUCCUUGAUAACAACAACAAGAAGCCUUCAAUUGGAAUUGGAAGCUCUUCAAGCUCACAAGAUCACAUCUUCAUCUCCAUUUGCAAAGAAGCUUAUCUUUGGAAUGAAGAAGAGUCAAUGAACAAGAACAACACAUUGCCUAGAGAAAGAUACCCAAAGCCAUUGAUAUUCCACGACGGGAGAUUAGCUUUCUUGCCAACACCAUUCGCCACUUUAGCUAUGUUCAUAUGGCUCCCCAUCGGAUUCGUCCUCUCUGUCUUCAGGAUCUCGGUAGGAGUCUUGCUUCCUUACCACGUAGCCAAUUUCUUGGCUUCUUUGUCUGGUGUUAGGAUCACUUUCAAGUCCCACAAUCUGUAUAACGGUCCUCCCGAGAAAGGUAAAAGUGGAGUCUUGUAUGUAUGCAACCAUAGGACCCUCCUUGACCCUGUUUUCCUCACCACUUCGCUUGGCAAGCCCUUGACCGCGGUUACCUACAGCCUAAGCAAGUUCUCAGAGCUCAUAGCGCCUCUCAAGACUGUUAGCCUGAAGAGAGACAGGAAGAAAGAUGGCGAGGCCAUGCAGAGACUGCUAAGCAAAGGAGACCUAGUUGUUUGUCCUGAAGGAACCACUUGUAGAGAGCCUUAUCUACUGAGAUUUAGUCCUCUGUUCGCUGAGCUAACGGAGGACAUUGUUCCUGUGGCUGUGGAUGCUCGAGUGAGCAUGUUCUAUGGGACAACCGCGAGCGGGCUCAAGUGUUUAGACCCUAUCUUCUUCCUCAUGAACCCUAGGCCGGUUUAUUGUCUUGAGAUUUUGAAGAAGUUGCCAAAAGAGAUGACUUGUGCAGGAGGUAAGUCAAGCUUUGAAGUUGCCAACUUCAUUCAGGGGGAACUUGCUAGGGUUUUGGGAUUUGAGUGCACCAAUCUCACAAGGAAGGACAAGUAUUUGGUUCUCGCUGGAAAUGAAGGCAUUGUCAGAUAA